UUACUUACCAUCACAACAGACAAGAUGAAGGUCCUCCUCGUGGUGUCCCUGGCCGCCCUCGCUCUGGCCGCCCCUGAGGGACCUCGCCCCACCUACGCCCCCGCCCCACGCUACCACCCUACCCCAGCCUACACCCCUGCCCCGGCCUACAGACCUGCCCCAACCUACGCCCCGCCCGCAUCCUAUAGGCCUGCCCCUUCGUAUGAGGCUCCUCCCAAGUACGACUUUAACUGGGCUGUGAAGGACGACUACUCUGGCAACGACUACGGCCACCAGGAGUCCCGCGACGGAUACAACACACAGGGAUCCUACUACGUGCAGCUUCCCGACGGUCGCCUGCAGAAGGUCACCUACCACGUGGACGGCGACUCAGGCUACGUGGCUGAGGUUACAUACGAGGGACAGGCUCAGUACCCGGCCCACCAACCAUCCUACCAUCCUACACCCUCCUACCAUCCUAAACCUGCAUACCAUCCUACACCUUCAUACCACACCACUCCUUCCUACCAUCCUACACCUGCCUACAGACCCACACCUGCAUAUACGCCUACCCCUGUGUAUGGUUAGGUAUAUUCUAGUAUGCUCUCGCACUCCAUUGUGACUUGGGGGUAUGAUCUUCAAGUAAUAUACCAGAACGCAAGUAUAUCUUUUGAAAGAAUGGAUAUAUUCUAUGCUUUGUGUGCACUUGGAAGUAUAUCUCGUAUUCCUCGUGAAAUACUAUGCUUCAAACAAUGUCAAAUGUGUACAGCAAAUGUUAAAUCACUUUACCAAAUGCUUUUUUAAAUCUGUAGAUAUUUACACGCGUGUUUUUUAUGCUUCUUUAAUAAUGAUGAAAUAGA